AGAAGGGAAAAGCAGGGAAUGGCUCCCCCAUCCCUCCUCCCUCUCAGGCUGGGUUCAGCCAUUGCUUUUUUGACUUUGUUUCCUCCCCCUUCAGCCAAAGAGAGCUCCCUGGGUGAGCCAGAGUUGCCACCCGACUCUGACACGGUGGGGAUGGACAGCAGCUACCUCAGUGUGAAGGAAGCUGGGGUGAAGGGGCCCCAGGACCGGGCCAGCGCUGACCUCCCCAGCCCGCUGGAGAAGGCUGACUCGGAGAGCAACAAGGGCAAGAAGCGGCGGAACAGAACCACCUUCACCAGCUACCAGCUGGAGGAGCUGGAGAAGGUCUUCCAGAAGACCCACUACCCCGACGUGUACGCACGGGAGCAGCUGGCCAUGAGGACCGACCUCACCGAGGCCCGCGUGCAGGUCUGGUUCCAGAACCGGAGGGCCAAGUGGAGGAAGAGGGAACGCUUUGGGCAAAUGCAGCAGGUUCGGACCCACUUCUCCACAGCCUAUGAGCUGCCCCUCCUCACCCGAGCAGAGAACUACGCCCAGAUUCAGAACCCGUCCUGGAUCGGCAACAAUGGGGCCGCCUCGCCCGUGCCGGCCUGUGUGGUACCCUGUGACCCGGUGCCCGCCUGCAUGUCCCCUCACGCCCACCCCCCCGGCUCUGGGGCCAGCGGCGUCACCGACUUCCUGAGCGUCUCGGGGGCUGGCAGCCACGUGGGCCAGACGCACAUGGGCAGCCUGUUUGGAGCCGCGGGCCUCAGCCCAGGCCUCAAUGGCUAUGAGCUCAACGGGGAGCCGGACCGCAAGACUUCAAGCAUCGCGGCCCUCCGCAUGAAGGCCAAGGAGCACAGCGCGGCCAUCUCCUGGGCCACAUGACAGGGCCACCCCGCCCCAUCCCUGCGCCCUCCCCUGCCCUGGGGCACUGGCCACACCCAUGCUCCCCAGGCCCCCAGCACCCCACUCGACUCCCCUCUUAGGCACCUGGCCUGGGCCCAGGGGCCUGACCCUCAGCACUUUCAGCCGCCCCAAGUCUGAGGCCCCUGGGGACUGCGGGGAGGGAAGGGGGCAGCGGGCACCAAGGCUGGGCCCCUGCUCCUGGCCAGAGGCAGUGGAGGCAGCCAGGUGGCACGAGUUCUGCAGCUUUGCAUCCAUUAUAAGCUGAAGACCCUUUCUCCCCACUCCUGCUCCUCCGCCCUGCCCGGUUUGACCAUUGAGUCGAGGCUAGAUUCCCACCUGGACCAGCUGUGGCUACGGUACCGUCAACGUCCGCCCUUCCCUCUGCUGUGUGGUCCCCGAUCACCAGCCCGGUGACCGUGUCUGGAGGCCCAGUCAGCCUCUGCCAUCCCAUCUCCUGUGCUCUCCCUCAAAGCCUGUGGACUCCAACCUCCUAGACCCAGGGCACCUGCCUCGCCUUUACCCUGGGUGCGAGGAGCCCCCGUCCUGCUGUCUGUCCCCCGUGCUGGAUGCACCCGGAGGGGCUGGGCAGAGAGAGAGAGGAGCUGGAGCCAAAGGAGCCCGCCGUCACCCAGCCAUGCUGGCCCCUUCGGACCCCAAGGCUCCGGAUCUGGGUGAACAGUGCAGGGAAAGAGGCCUGCUGCCCGCGGCCCCCAUGGUGCUGGAAGCAAGCUUCUAGGAACUGGGAGGGCUGCAGGGAGGCGUCCUGGGAAGGCAGGGGCUCGUGCACACACAUCAGCUGCCUUGACGCCCCGCCUCAGGCAGGAUGAUGGUGGCAGGGGGCAGGUCUGGGUAGCUUUGUUCCUCAUCCAGUCUGGUCCCUCCAGGGGGAAUCUGAAGAUCCUGGUCACUCGCUGGGGCUGCUGGGCCAGUGUCCUGGUGCGGAAGGACUCGCAUCUUGACACAGCCGCUAGGGCCUGGGGGCAUGGCACCAGAGGGUCCAGAGCAGGCUGUGGGGUCUGGCAGAUGACGAGGGCACACUCGCCCAGCCUCAGACGGCCUUCCCGAUUAGAGGCCUCCAGUGCCACCCCCGCCCAGAGCCUUCUGAGCAGUCCUCUGGGCAUAGGGCAGAGAGCGCCUGCCCUGGCAAUUCUGCCCUGGGGCACGGGUGACCCCAGCCCCUUGUUCUGGCUUCCGGAGGGCUCGUGUGGGGCUGAGCUCCUUGGGGUCACUUGCUCUGUUCUGGACACAGUGCUUUCUGGAAGCCAAUCUCCCUGCCUGCAGGAAGGGGCCUCCUCAGGGGGGACUCCAUUUCCGCCUGACGUGCAGCCUGCAGCUUGAGUUUCAGCUCCAGGGCCCAGGGGUCAGCUAAGCUUGGGGCACGAGGUACCCAUCCUCCAGGGAGGCCUUUUGAGCGCUGGGAGGCCCCCUUGCAGGUAUCCCCGAGGAGAAGGGCCUGCUUUUUCUCCCUUCUACCCCAAUCCUGUCAGUGAGGAGAGCUAGGUCUACCAGGCCCAGGGGCCCGGACUCAGCACAGCCUCUUGGGUGGGUGGGGAGGGGUGAGACCCUCCCCCUUUGAGCUGCUUAGGUUUUUGGGGAUGUGGCCGUCUCCAGCUGUGUCUCAAGUCCUCUUGUGCUCUGGAAACAGGACUAUGGAAGGAGCUGGCCUCGACCCUCCCCCUAGUAAGAGUCAGACUUCUUUGGGAAUUGUAGCUCUAAAGUUGAUCUUCUCGAAGUGAAAAGCAUCUUGGGCAUUGAAUUAAAUGUUCUUGGAGGCUUAGCUUUAAGUGUUUUCUAUGUUUGAGGAUCUGGGAAUAACUCUUAGGAAGACUUUUUUAGUUCUAAGCUUGGCUGAAACAACCCAAGACUCCCAAAAUCUAGGAAAAGGAAGGAAGAAAUGGCUUCAGGUUGGAGACAAUCCCCCCUGUUCCUCCUUAAAUGCCAUCAUGGCUGGAAAGACCUGGGACAUGUGUUCUGACCUGGGAGAUAUGUUCUCACCUGGGUGAGAAUCAGACAGAGAGAGAGAACCAGGAUAGACACUGAGGGGGAGGGAAGGGAGAGACACGGGUCUUAAGUGGAACCUUCUGGAAGGGACCUCUGGUUAUCAGUUCUGCUGUGUGUCUGCUUUCCACCUGGGCCAGACCUCAGUCAGGCAAAUUCCAUCCCUAGGCUUGAGAAGAAAAAUCUUCCAAUAGAAGAAGGCUCUUUGGCACUGACCGCCUGUCCCACCAAUGCAGCUAAGUAUUUAGGAUUAAAACGUCAGCAUAAAACACCUCUGCAUCUCCGCACGGGCAGCUGCCCACCCCUAGGCCUGCCCUUGCCCUGUUCUAGCCCCUAGGGCUUGCCUGACACUCUUAACAAUCACAGACUCACCGAGCAGGAAGGGAUCAGAAACCUAGCCUGCCCAAUCCCUUCACAGCGGAGAUGACCCCAGUCCCCAGUGGGGAAGGUGAUCAUUCUGAGCCACGUUUCACUUGAGGCAGAGCUAAGAGAGGGGUUCUGAUGAUCGAUGCUGCGUGGAGCUCCCCAGGGUUGGGGGCUGGGCCCAGGCCUUCUGCGUUCUCAGCUGCUGGGGCGGGAGGUACCCUGCAGCUUCUCCUGUGAUGGCUAAAGCAAGCUUGGGUGUGACUCGGCUGGCGGCAUCCUCAGGAGCACGGUCUGGUGAAGCCAGGUGCAGGGGAGAGUGGAUGGCUCCGGGGGUCACUGUUAAGCCAAUAAAUAAGCUAAAAGAGGUGGGGUUUCCUUUGCCUUUUGCCUAAAAUCUCAACAGAGAUGGCCACACAAAACCGGAAAUAAUGGGUGGCUGGCAGGCCCCCUGGGCAGCCUCCUCACGCUGCCAGCCCCCUGAAUCCUGCUGGGAACCAGACUCGGCGCCCAAGGCUUGACACUAAGGUGCUGCUACCAUCCUCAGAUGCCGUCGCUGCUCCCAGGGCAGCGUGGGGAGAGAGGGCUCCGGGGACUCAUGGAGAGGCUUGUCCCUGAGUCUUCGACGGCACUUGGAGGACACGGGCUUUGGAACUUUCCUUGAAUUCUUCCCACUAUACUUGAUUCUUGUCUCUCACCGCCACGCCCCCAGGGUGGGGAAGCAUGGCGGCCAGGUUGGUUCAAAGACACUGCCGGGGACUGGCGGUAACAAGCGUGAGGUGGGUCCCCGGUACACGAGGCCGCGGCCACAUCGGGCCCAGUGCCAGUGUCCCCUCUGCCCUCUUCCAGCUGGGUCAACGAGAGGAGCUCCUCCAUGCAAACGACCACGAAUCCUGCUUCUGCGACUUUUCUCCCCCUGGGCUGGACAGUGCUGGGGCUUCCAGUCCGCUUGACGGCCUGGCGGGUGCCAAAGCCAACAACAGGCCUGGCGGGGAGUGAGGAUGGCUGGGCAAACAGGCCCCCAGGAUAAUAAUCCAUGACCACAAAAGAGAAAACUGGGAAGGCAAGGAAAACUCAGCUCCUCAAAUUCCCGGGGAACCCAUGUGACGUCUGUAAAGACGCUAGGGGGAGGAAAGGUGUUCCGGCCAACCAGACGGUAACCUGCCCUGCCCUGUCCCUUCUUCCCCUUCACUUACACAGAUAGAGCUAGGCCUUUAUACUACUGAUUCUGAAGGACAGCUUUCAAUGUCUAAUAGUCUGGUGUGCAGUGGGUUGAAAAGAGAGCUGAGUGCUGGAAGGAACAUGAACCUCAAUCAAUAAUGACUGUUCUCCUUGUAAGAUAUUGUAACCCUGUAUAAAUGCAACUUUUCCUUUAGCUUAAUGGCCUGGGGUGGAAUAUUAAAAAUAUAUAUGAAAAAGACAUUAAAAAUUCAGAAAAAAAAUGUAUAAAAAAAAGGAGGUCGGUUCCAUAAAGUUUUACUGCCUAUACCACCAUGUAACUACAUUAUAGCAAAAUAUUAAAAAGAAAAGUUCUUGCCUUUUAAAGUAAGUUAUUGCACUUACAUCUUUGGGGGGAGGGGAGGACUGUUGGAGUGUUGACGAGUAGGGGGCGCCGGGGUCCAGGCGAGGGGCCACGUGGAGCGUGGGUGCCGCUGCGCGUUCACAGAGCGCCCUUGGCUGGGUAUGGCCCACACUGUCCGCUUGGCUGUUGUUUGCAAUAAACUCCUUCUCCUUCCUCCCCUCAACUGGAACCUGUCUGUUUUGUUCCUAACUUGUGACAGAUGAAAUGUGAUCAGAGGGGCCUCUGAAAUCUCACGUUAAUUGAAGUCGGCAAAAAAUACUAACAGUGCCCUUUUGAACUGCUGACACAGUACAGAAUGGAUUACCAGGGCUAGAUUAACAACAGGUGGCCGGCCAGGGCUCCUGCACAAAGAGGGGUGUAUGGCCCGCGAGGGGCUGGAGCACCCCCCCAGCUAAUCAUCCCAGAGGACCUGCCUCCACGGCAGACAAGCAGCGGAGGGAAAUCAGGGGCCGCCCCUGCGUCUCCAGUGCGCUCAUCACGGCCCCUCGAUAUCACUGGUGCCAUCUGGGUUUCCGGGGUCUGUUCUGAAAGCGAGGGGCCAGCCAGGGCAUGGAGGUCAGGGUGGGGAGACCCGGCUGCUUGGGAAAAGUGGUGCAGGACAGGCUUCCAGGAGAGGCAGGUCUCUGUCCCAGCUCUAAUGCUUAGUGGCUGAGAGAACUUGCAGGAGGUAAGGCCUGGGGGUUUUUUAAAGCAAAGCAAAGCACUAACAUACAAAUUAUAAAGCCAAGCUGGAGGCCGAGAUUUUGCUAUGCCA